AUGGCAACUGAAGAGAGUACUGAAAAUAUGGAACAACUCUGUGAACGCCAAGGAAGCUGUAACUGUUGUGUGUGCAGAUUCCUUAACAGUUUCUCUCUUCAGAAACUAGAACAACUUAAUCAGUAUCCAGACUUCAACAACUACCUGAUUUUUGUUCUUACGAAAUUGAAGUCUGAAGAUGAACCGACACGUUCCUUGAGUGGCCUCAUCUUGAAGAAUAAUGUAAAAGCACAUUUUCAGAACUUUCCCAAUGGUGUAACUGACUUCAUUAAAAGUGAAUGUUUGAACAACAUUGGUGAUUCCUCCCCUUUAAUUAGAGCUACUGUAGGCAUUCUGAUAACAACAAUUGCCUCAAAAGGGGAAUUACAGAAUUGGCCUGAACUCUUACCAAAGCUUUGCAGCCUGUUGGAUUCUGAAGAUUACAAUACCUGUGAGGGUGCUUUUGGCGCUCUUCAGAAAAUAUGUGAAGAUUCUGCUGAAAUUUUGGAUAGUGAUGUAUUAGACCGACCACUCAAUAUCAUGAUACCUAAGUUCUUGCAGUUCUUCAAGCACAGCAGUCCAAAAAUAAGGUCUCAUGCUGUUGCAUGCGUCAAUCAAUUUAUCAUCAGCAGAACUCAAGCUCUUAUGUUGCACAUAGAUUCUUUUAUUGAGAAUCUUUUUGCACUGGCUGGUGAUGAGGAGCCUGAAGUACGCAAAAAUGUUUGCCGUGCUCUGGUAAUGUUACUGGAAGUUCGAAUGGAUCGCUUGCUUCCUCAUAUGAUUAGUAUAGUUGAGUACAUGCUUCAAAGGACCCAGGACCAAGAUGAAAAUGUGGCUUUGGAGGCAUGUGAGUUUUGGCUGACUUUGGCUGAACAACCAAUUUGUAAAGAUGUAUUAUGUCGGCAUCUUACUAAGCUGAUACCUGUGCUGGUAAAUGGUAUGAAAUAUUCAGAGAUAGAUAUUAUUCUGUUGAAGGGGGAUGUUGAAGAAGAUGAAGCUAUUCCAGAUAAUGAACAGGAUAUAAGACCUCGUUUUCAUCGUUCACGGACAGUGGCUCAGCAACAUGAAGAAGAUGGUAUUGAAGAUGAUGAUGAUGAUGACGAUGAACUUGAUGAUGAUGAUACUAUUUCUGACUGGAAUUUAAGGAAAUGUUCUGCUGCUGCUCUAGAUGUCCUAGCCAAUGUAUUUCGUGAUGAACUUCUGCCACACAUCUUGCCCCUUUUGAAGGAAUUGCUCUUCCAUCCCGAAUGGGUAGUUAAAGAAUCUGGCAUCCUUGUUCUUGGAGCAAUUGCUGAAGGCUGCAUGCAGGGUAUGAUUCCAUAUCUUCCUGAGCUGAUCCCUCACCUUAUUCAGUGCCUCUCUGACAAAAAGGCUCUUGUGCGCUCCAUUACAUGCUGGACUCUUAGUCGCUAUGCACACUGGGUAGUUAGUCAACCCCCAGACACAUACUUGAAGCCAUUAAUGACUGAGUUGCUAAAGCGUAUCCUGGAUAGCAACAAGAGAGUACAAGAAGCUGCCUGCAGUGCCUUUGCUACUCUAGAAGAGGAGGCUUGUACAGAGCUUGUUCCUUAUCUUGCAUAUAUACUUGACACUUUGGUCUUCGCAUUUAGUAAAUACCAGCAUAAAAACCUGCUCAUUCUUUAUGAUGCUAUAGGAACUCUAGCAGAUUCUGUAGGACAUCAUCUAAAUAAACCAGAAUAUAUUCAGAUGCUAAUGCCUCCAUUAAUCCAGAAAUGGAACAUGUUGAAGGAUGAAGACAAAGAUCUCUUCCCUUUAUUAGAGUGCCUGUCGUCGGUUGCUACUGCCUUGCAAUCUGGCUUUCUUCCAUACUGUGAACCUGUGUACCAGCGUUGUGUAAAUCUGGUGCAGAAGACCCUUGCACAAGCCAUGUUGCAUAAUGCUCAGCCAGACCAGUAUGAGGCUCCAGAUAAAGAUUUCAUGAUUGUGGCUCUUGAUUUACUCAGUGGUUUAGCUGAAGGACUUGGAGGCAACAUUGAACAGCUAGUAGCUCGCAGCAAUAUCCUGACACUAAUGUACCAGUGCAUGCAGGAUAAAAUGCCUGAGGUACGGCAGAGUUCUUUCGCACUGUUAGGUGACCUGACAAAGGCAUGUUUUCAGCAUGUUAAGCCUUGCAUUGCUGAUUUCAUGCCAAUUUUGGGAACCAACCUAAACCCUGAAUUCAUUUCGGUGUGUAACAAUGCCACCUGGGCAAUUGGAGAAAUCUCCAUCCAGAUGGGUAUAGAGAUGCAGCCUUAUAUUCCAAUGGUGUUGCACCAGCUUGUAGAAAUAAUUAACAGACCCAACACACCAAAGACGUUGUUAGAGAACACAGCAAUAACAAUUGGUCGUCUUGGUUACGUUUGUCCUCAAGAGGUGGCUCCCAUGCUACAGCAGUUUAUAAGACCCUGGUGCACAUCUCUGCGAAACAUAAGAGACAAUGAGGAAAAGGAUUCAGCAUUCCGUGGGAUAUGUACCAUGAUCUCGGUCAACCCCAGUGGAGUAGUCCAAGACUUUAUUUUUUUUUGUGAUGCUGUUGCAUCGUGGAUUAGCCCAAAAGAUGAUCUCCGAGACAUGUUCUGUAAGAUUCUUCAUGGAUUUAAA